AUGGAGAAACGCGGGAGAGCGGCAAAGAGGUCGCCGCAGACUGAGCUUAACGAAAUUGACCUGGAAUUGUUCGGCGAGGAGGAGUUGGAGAUCCUGCAAAGGGGACAUGGAUCCAACGAUGAGGAUCUCCAAAGAGAGGAGAACCUUGAGGACAGCGAAUUGUUAGCAGUGAACCAGGAAGACUUUAUUAUCUUAGAAGGUGCCAGCAGCAAUGAGAGCGCCACGAGUGGUGCAAGUAACGAGGGGAACUCCGACUCGGAUGUGCAGCUCGUCCAGGAAGAGGCCGCGCCCAAGGAGGGAACACCCCAGCGGAAGGACGGGGCAUCCCAGCGGCAGGACGAAACAUCCAAGCGGAAGGACGGGACAUCACAGCGGAAAGGUAACGCCAAACAAAAGGCCCACUCCGAUGAGGAUAAAACAAAUCGAAAGAAAAAGAAGACCCUGGAGGAUGAAGAGGAGCAGGAAAAUCAGCUGUCUAGCGAAAACGUAUCGAAUUUCAUUCAAAUGAGGAAUAAAAAUAUAAAAAAAAAAAUUGAAGAAAAUAAAUUAAUCACACAUAUGCUCUGUUGGGUAAGUCAUCUCCAAUUUUUAAACGACACAUGUAACAACAAAUUGGCCCAAGCUUUAAUAUACUCUGUAUAUGUGAAUUACCAAAAGGGGAAGGACAGCAAGCUGUACAAGGAUCCAAUCUACCUGUUCAUGUUUAUAAAAAGCACAUUCGAACUCAUCAUCGAUGGGAAGUCUUGGGUUUCUGGAGAUCAACAUGUCAUGAGGAACCAUCGUGGCUCCAUCCUCUUUCGCUUGCUCAGAUGCCUAAAUAUCCCAAGCCGUAUUUGUUUAACGCUGCCCAGUUUAAGAACCGAAGUUGAUGCUGGACAGGAUAAGUGGCUGUUGAAAAAGUGCAGAGGGGAAUACCACUCUGAUUUUAGUAGAAGUAUUUUUUAUCGCCAGUUUGUGAAUUCGGUCAGUGAGGGGAGUAAUGACGAGGACAACGUGGCUAGCUGCGCUGAUGGAAGUGCACAGGGCAGCCGCGAUGUUGGAAGUGCACAGGGCAGCCGCGAUGGUGGCGGUGCACAGGGCAACCGCGAUGUUGGAAGUGCACAGGACAGCCGCGAUGACGAUGUGAUACUUAUCGACAGGGAGGAGUUUCUUCAAAGCGGGAUGAACAGUUACACUAGCUCAUCCAAGCAAGGGGACAAGGCAAAUAGUGGAAAAGGCUCCCGAAAAGUCGUGAAAGACGAAACGGCCCAAUUCAAUAUCUUCUCCGAAUGCUACUCGAGCAGUUUCAACAAGUGGGUGUCCUUCUUCUUUUGCUUUAACGUUUACUAUUUUAACUUCGUUAAUUUUUCCAAAUAUGAUAGCUCUGUUGCGCACGAAGAUAAGGCCUUUCAUAUUUUGCUGCCUCUUCCGAAGAACCCGGAAGAGAUAAAAACGUUCAGGACGCAGCGCAGGGCCAGUGCCCUGGGCGGCUUUGCGCGCUCGCUCUUCAUGCGCAGGGGGGGGAGAAGCAGUAAAAGGGGCAACGAAGUGGGCAGCGAAGUGAACAGCCAAAACGGCAGCGAAAUCGACAGCGAAGGUGAGCAUGGCAGAGUACGUGGCUGCGAACGUGGCUGCGAACGUGGGAGCGAACGUGGGAGCGACACUUCCUCCCUGCGAGACGGCGAAAGGAAGGCAGCCCCGGGAACCCCUGAAGCGUCCCGAGGGGAAUCUUGCACGCUGAGCAGAAGUAGAAGUAACCCCCAGUGCAGUGCCCACACAGGAUGGGGAAGACUUCCAAUAGAUGGUCUACACACUGGAGAGAAGCAGAAGGAGGGCUGUCCGGGCACCCUAGAAAGAAAGAGCUUACCCUUGGGAGGACCCAUCCCCGGGGGAAAAAGCAUCCCGUCAGUGAAAGAUAACUUGGCUAGCUCGAAAUUUCAAAUUUUGAGCGAAGAUCAUGGGGGGAAGAUGUACAUCGAGAGGGACAACAAAUUUUUUAUAGUUGACAAGAAGAGCAAGCGGGUGAUUCGGAUUGCCUACCUGGAGACGCCGUCGCAGGGGAGUUGCCCUCCAGAGAGCACCCACCAAAAGAGAGUCCAUCCAGAGAGCACCCAUCCAGAGAGCACCCAUCCAGAGAGCACCCAUCCAGAGAGCACCCAUCCAGAGAGAGUCCAUCCAGAGAGCACCCACCCACAGAGAGCCUAUCGAGAAGGAAAAAAAUCACCAGUGGGAGGUAAUCGGACGAAGGCGGGACGGGAACCCCCCCUGUACGACUUCGAGCUGGAAGAAGAAAACAGCGAGAUAGUGGACUCGCUAGCGAACAUAUACAGCUCUGGGGGGAAGCGUAAUUUGCUGCUAAAUCAGAUCAGGGAGUUGCGUGUAGCCAACAGCAAGUUACGAGGUGAUGCCAGCGGUGCCAGCAUGGGGGGGGAGGUGAGAGACUACGGAGAGAUCACCUAUGAUAAGAUGGCCAACCCUGUGAAGGCAUCCUCACUCGAGGGGAAAUACAUAAAGGUAUUCAUAAACAGCAACGUAUAUAAAUUCUUGUACAACCUGGAUCAUUACAAUUUGUACAUGUGUAUUAACCGGUACGGCAUCGUGCGUGAUGUGAGUGUGCGCCAUAAGCUGAGGUACAGCGGUGGGGGGAGUGGUCAGCGAGGUGGUCAGGGAAGCAUCCAGGGAAGCUGCCAUCGAGGUGGCCAGCGAAACCGAGGAAACAGCAGCAAUGCCAUCAUCAAGGGAGACAGUCACUGCAACGCUGUGAGGAACCACUUCCGACGAAUUGCCUACCAAAUUAACAAACAAAAAUAUAAUGAUUUUGAAAAAGCACUGGACAAAUUAGACGAUGAAUAUUUGUACAAUCUGUAUGUGACGAAUAUGAUACCGACGGAGAAAACUGAUUUUAUCAAGUCCAGUUAUUAUAUCUUAAGAUCCAUGUUGAAAAAGAAUCAGGUGAUUUAUCCGAAUGCCCCCGUUGGGUUGUUCAAGGGAGAAAAUGUGUACUUGAAGGAAAACUUUUAUAACUUAGUGAGGAGAGAGUACCUGGAAAAUAAACACUACUACAUUAGCGAUGUGGAGAAGCCGCUAAGCUAUGAGUGGGAUGAGUACAGCAAGGUGAAGGUGCCGCUGUAUGCGCAGUUUCAGCUGAGGAGACGCACAGAGGCGGCGGUGAGCAGGAGGGGAGAGACCGACCUAGAAAGCAGCACGAACAUUGCGAGCAGUGGGAACAACAAUGGGAGUAGCAAUGGCGAUCGGAAUGGCGAUCGAAAUGGCGGUCCAAAUGGCGGUCGCAGUGGCGGUCGCGCGGAAGAAGCGUGCCCCCUCGGGGAGGAAGAAAACUUCGACUACAUUUACAGCAGGAAAGAUAAACUGCACGUACUCAAAACGAAGCUGUUUGCACACCUGAAGGCGAGCAACAUCAUCGAGCUGAACGCCGAAGACGUGUGCAUCUGUAACGUCAAACUGAAGUACGUCAUUAAACACUUACGGGGAGUCAUCCCAUACAAAAUUGUCUAUAACAACUCGUACUUUUUUAAUAAAUUUCGUAAAAGGCCAAAUGUACCAACGGAUGCUGACAAAAUUAUAAUUAAAAAAAAACAUAUGCCACAGUUUAAAAAUCUGUACAUACCACAAAAACAAAUACAGGACGAAUUCUUACUAAGUGAUAAAACGAAGCAAAUCAAAAACCUGUGGAAGGUACUCUUCAAGAGUAUCCUGUACGAGCAGGUGAACAAGAAGGCGAUUCAGGACAGGGCUCGCGCCAGGGCCAUUUACAGGAUGAAGGAAUUCAACACGGACGUCGACCGGUACUUUCAAAUUUGA